UGGGAAAAGAAAUUUGAGCAGUGUAAAUAGCAGCACUCAUCUCAUCCCGAGAGAGAAAUCUUUGAUAUCCACAAAAUGGACAAGCCACUGUCCACUACCCCACGUUUCACAGUUGGUCACUCUUUCCCCAUCAAUCACCACCACUGAUCAAGCGCGUUUCAACCACGACCCCAUUAAACAAUAACCAUCAACGCAUAUUGAGUGGCCCCCACACAACCCCAACCUUCUUCUCCCUCCCUCACAAAACAAACACGACACAAAACUAGUUGCCACUCAAAUAUACCAAAAUUGCCAGCAAAUCUCCGACCUUUACAAAUCCCAAUCCCUUCCACACAAUCCCACUUACUUUACUCAUCACACUUCUCUACUCUUCUCUUCAAUCUAAUCGCUUAUUCUCAACAAUGGAAGAAAAUCACUCUAAACGACCCGCACCACCACCCAAGCUUCACGGCGUUAUCGUCUUCCUCUUUGCUUUCCUCCUCCUCCACCCUUCCAUGGCUUCCGCCGCCAUUUCCAUCGGCGUCAACUACGGAACCGUCGCCGACAACCUCCCGCCGCCGCCUCAAGUAGCCACCUUCCUCAAGACCAAGACCACCAUCGACCGCGUCAAGAUCUUCGACGCCAAUCCCGAUAUCCUCCGUGCCUUCGCAGGCACCGGCAUUGCCGUAACUGUUACGGUGGGAAACGGCGACGUUCCGGCGCUUGCCAAGCUUCCCGCAGCACAGUCAUGGGUCGCCGACAAUAUCUUGCCGUUUCACCCUCGUACCGUAAUUAACCGUAUCGCCGUGGGCAAUGAAAUCGUCGCCACCUCCGAUAAGAGCCUGAUCGCGCAUCUAUUGCCGGCGAUGAAGAGCUUGCACUCGGCUUUGAAGCUUGCUAAUAUUACUAGUAUUCAGGUCUCCACGCCUCACUCUCUGGGCAUACUUGCUGCGAACUCGGAGCCACCGAGUGCGGGGAGGUUCCGGCGAGGCUACGAUAAAAUCAUAUUUGCUCCGAUGCUCGAGUAUCAUAGACAGACCAAAUCGCCCUUCAUGAUUAACCCCUACCCUUUCUUCGGGUUCUCACCGCAAACGUUAAACUACGCGCUCUUCAGGCCAAACGGCGGCAUUUUCGACAACGUCACUGGGUUAAACUACACGAACAUGUUUGACGCUCAGAUGGACGCUGUUUUCUCGGCUAUGAAGGUUCUGGGAUACGACGACGUGGACAUUGUCGUUGCUGAGACCGGUUGGCCCUCGGUUGGAGACCAGAAUCAACCGGAUGUGAAUGUUGAAAACGCACUGUCGUACAAUGGGAACCUCGUGAAGCACGUCAAUUCCGGAAAGGGAACGCCUUUGAUGCCCAACAGGACUUUCGAAACAUACAUAUUCUCUCUGUUCAAUGAGAACCUGAAACCGUCUAUUUCGGAGCGCAAUUACGGGUUGUUCAAACCGGAUCUCACUCCGGUUUACGAUGUGGGCAUUUUGCGGAAUGACCAGGCGUUGGGUCCCACUUCAAGUACGGCUCACCCACCAACAUCGUCGGGUGAUCCGAGUAGGAAAUGGUGCGUGCCGAGAUCGGACGCCAGUGAUGAAGCACUGCAGGAGAACUUAGACUACGUGUGCAGCAGAGGAGUGGAUUGCAACCCGAUUCGAGAUGGAGGGGCUUGCUUUGAACCCAAUACGGUACGAUCGCACGCAUCGUACGCAAUGAAUGCGUAUUAUCAGGCAUUUGGUACGCAGGAUGUUAACUGUGACUUCAACCACACUGGAUUAAUCACUUCCAAUGACCCCAGGUGGGCAGGUUACGAAGCGUGCACGUAUCCUUUCAAAGGGGUAAAGAUGGAAAAGUCUGCUGGAGGGUCGGUGAAAUCCAGUUGGGCAAACAUAUUUGUCGUACUGGCUUGCUAUAUGAUAGCAAUGCUCCUUGGUUAUUUCUAAGUUUUUUUUUUUUUUUUUUUUGGGGUAAAAUAUUAAUUUAAUGAUAUUUGAAGUGGCAGCGUUGGAAGGAAUUAUGUAAUGGGUUUUGGUUGUAUGUAAUUACUGAUUUUAGAGUAGUCUAUGGUUGGAUAGGCAGGCUGUGGUACAAAAGAACAAAAAGAAGUAUUUGUUUAGUGUGGCCAAAUUUUGAUUCCAACAGUUGGUCGGUGAGGUUAAUUUAUUUAAAAUAUUGAUCCUUUUUUUCUGUCACCUUUUGGUUUAUAGUGCAUUUUGGAUGCAACACUGCUUUUGAAGAUUUUUAAGCA